ACAAAGACAAAGAAAAACAACGUUGUCUUGUUUCUCAACUGAAAAAAAAAUUAAGAUAAGGAUUUAAAGCUUCUCCAUUCAUUUCCUUCCUUCCACGUUCACUCUCUAUCAUCAUUACUCUUUUCCAUUUUCACCAAAAUAUUUCAAAUUUUACACUUCAAAUUUCAUCUCAAUUGUGUUUUUGAAGUUUACAAGGUGAUACAAGAUGAACUGAUCCUGAAAAUUAACUAAGUUUCAAUAUUCAACCCAACAUGAAUCCGAUAAUAUCAUGCUCCGUUGGCAAUGCUUCGAUUAUUCCUGGAGUUGCCUAUUCGACAAGGAAGAACAACACCUUAACUAGAUUCAAUUUUUCAAGGAGUUCUUUAAAACAUGGAUCGUCAACUCGGAGAUUUCUCCUUCCUCCAUUCGUUGUCAGUGGAGUGUUUCCACAGAACAAAACGAUAUGCUCCUAUCGCAAAAUUUCUCGUACCUCCGUAUCAGCCACAAAAAUUGAAGUACCUGUGGAGGAGUCAGGUUCACCUGUUGCAGAUGAAGUUCCUAGUGAAUCUCCUUCAGAUGAAGUAGGAACAAGUGAAGAUUCGUCUCCUAAGUCUGAUGCAAACACUAGUUCUACCAAAGCCGUCAAACGUUCGAGACCUCCAAGGAAAAGUGACAUGCCUCCUGUAAAGAACGAGGAUUUGAUUCCAGGGGCUGCUUUUACAGGAAAAGUAAGAUCUAUCCAGCCAUUUGGUGCCUUUGUCGAUUUUGGAGCUUUCACGGACGGACUUGUUCAUAUUUCGAUGUUGAGCGAUAGCUAUGUAAAGGAUGUUUCGAGCGUUGUUUCUGUAGGACAAGAAGUGAAGGUGAAGCUGAUUGAAGUGAACGCUGAAACUCAACGUAUAUCUCUCUCUAUGCGCGAAAAUACCGACACUGGUAAGCAACGUAAAGAUGGACCAAUCAAUGCAGAGAAAGCCAGCCCUGGGAGAAGAGACUCUUCAAAAUCUGGUCCAAAGAGAGAUGGCAUGAAGAAAAACACAAAAUUUGUCGUUGGUCAGGAGUUGCAGGGUACGGUGAAGAAUAUGACGAGGAGCGGUACUUUUAUAUCUCUUCCUGAAGGAGAGGAAGGAUUUCUACCGUUAUCUGAAGAAGACGACGAUGGAUUUGGGAAUAUAAUGGGAAAAUCUUCGUUGGAGACCGGUCAAGAAAUUAGUGUACGAGUUUUGCGUAUCACGAGAGGACAAGCGACAUUGACUAUGAAGAAGGAAGGAGCUGUUGUGGAAUUGGACAAGGCACUUGCACAACAAGGGGGUGUUGAUGUUGCAACAAACCCUUUUGUAUUGGCUUUUCGUAAAAAUAAGGAUAUUUCUGCUUUUCUGGAUGAGAGGGAGAAAAUUCAGAGCGAAGUUAAAAAAUCGUCAACUACAGAAACAUCGGAAGAAAGUAAGGGAGAUGUCGAGUUAACAGACGAUGUUUCUUCUGCGUUAACAGAUAGUGCUGAAGUUGAUAUCUCUAAAACUGAGGAAGAUGUUGUGGGAGCUAGUUCAUCGGUUGGUUCCUCAACAACUGUUGCAGACGAUGAAAGCAACCAAGGAAGUAUAAAUGGUGCCACUGUUAAGGAAACGGAGGCGGUUUCUGAAACGUUGGCUCCCGAAGAGGAUUUAUCUGCUGCAGUUCCAAUUAUCGAGGAAGUUAUUCAGACAGAUACUGCAGCAAGCGAUGUAAAAACUGACUCGCCUAUUGAAGUAGCCGAUGAAAAUGUAAUAGAAAAUGUAACCGAAGAAUUUGCAGCUGCAACACAGUUAGCCAGUGAUGCAAUUGAGCCUGUUACAGAAUCAGACAUUACAUCAAGUGCACCAGCUCCCCAAGAAAUAGCAGUAGAUGACAGUGUUGGAGCUGUUCCAGAGAACAAUGAGAAUGGUGAUUUGUCUCCUGAGGGAAGCUUGAAUGAAGAUGGAACAGAAGAAAGCGAUCAAGUUCCUGCUCCUGAAAGUCCUGCCACUGAAGUUGUAAAUACCAUUGACAACAUCAAAGAAGAAGUGCAAGAACAAACACCUGUUGUAGAACAAGUUGAAGAUGAAGUGGUUGCAAUUGCAUCCGAGACAGACAGCACCUUAUCGAAUUCUAAUGGACAAACUGGCAUUACUGCUUCAGAUGAAGGAUUGAGCAAAGCAACUAUAUCACCAGCACUUGUGAAGAAACUUCGGGAAGAAACAGGAGCUGGAAUGAUGGACUGCAAAAAAGCCCUAUCAGAGAGUGAAGGGGACAUUAUCAAAGCACAAGAGUUUCUUAGGAAAAAAGGCUUAGCAAGUGCAGACAAGAGAGCAGCCAGAGCAACAGCUGAAGGAAGGGUAGGUUCUUACAUCCACGACAGCAGGAUCGGUGUUUUGGUCGAAGUAAACUGCGAGACUGAUUUUGUCUCCCGAGGUGAUAUUUUCAAAGAGCUUGUUGACGAUAUAGCCAUGCAAGUGGCUGCGUGCCCUCAAGUAGAGUAUCUUGUUACUGAAGACGUUCCUGAGGAACUCGUGAACAAAGAAAAAGAGAUAGAAAUGCAAAAAGAAGAUCUUGUGUCGAAACCGGAGCAAAUAAGAGCGAAGAUUGUUGAAGGACGGAUAAGGAAAAGACUUGAGGAUCUGGCCUUGCUUGAGCAGCCCUACAUUAAGAAUGAUAAAGUGACAAUAAAGGAUUGGGUCAAGCAGACAAUUGCAACUAUUGGAGAAAAUAUUAAAGUUACGAGGUUUGUGCGGUUCAACCUCGGAGAGGGUUUGGAAAAGAAAAGCCAGGAUUUUGCUGCUGAAGUGGCCGCACAAACUGCGGCAAAAUCAGUGACUACACCAGUGAAAGAGGAGCCUGCUGCUGAAGAAGCCAAAGAGACUGAACAAAAGGAACCGACAGUAGCGGUAUCGGCUUCGUUGGUUAAGCAAUUAAGGCAAGAAACUGGCGCGGGGAUGAUGGACUGUAAGAAAGCUCUAGCUGAAACUGGAGGGGAUCUUGAAAAGGCGCAAGCAUAUCUCCGAAAAAAGGGUCUCUCAACUGCUGACAAGAAAUCCGGAAGGCUGGCAGCUGAAGGAAGAAUCGGUUCAUACAUUCACGACUCACGCAUCGGUGUUCUAAUCGAAGUUAACUGCGAAACUGACUUCGUUGGCAGAAGCGAGAAAUUCAAGGAGUUGGUGGAUGAUCUCGCAAUGCAAGUUGUGGCUUCUCCACAAGUACAGUUUGUAUCGAUCGAAGACAUUCCAGAAACAAUUGUGAAGAAGGAAAAAGAACUCGAAAUGCAAAGAGAAGACCUUGCUUCGAAACCCGAGAACAUAAGAGAAAAAAUUGUCGAGGGAAGGAUCUCGAAGAGACUAGGGGAGCUUGCUCUUCUAGAACAGCCUUUCAUUAAGGAUGACAGUGUGUUAGUGAAAGAUUUGGUUAAACAAAGUAUAGCUGCCAUCGGAGAGAACAUUAAAGUGCGGCGUUUUGUUCGAUUCACGCUCGGAGAGACAUUUGAAAAAGAAACAACAAUACCAGAAUAAGUGAUUUUCAAGACAAUUUAAUGUUGCAGAGUGAGAUCAAUUUUGAAAACAGAAAUCUGAUUCUUCGAAAUAACCGAAUGUUCAUUAGGCGCGGUCACAUUUUACUGAUCUGUAUCUGUAUUGAAGAUACAUGAGGACUAAAUUUUGUGUAAUUCUCUGUGGUUUAUGUGUUGAAAUUAUUAGUUGAUGCAAUUUUAAUUUACAAGUUUCAUUAAGUUUUGAAUUCUAUGUAUGUUUCAUUAUUAAUUCUUGACACUUAUUACUUCUCAUGUAAAUGUUAAUCAUCAAUUUGAAUAA